UGUGUUCAAGAAAGACUUUCAAACAAGCUAGGUUUUACUGCACAGUUUUGACGAUGUGAUAAUGUUGUUCCUUGUUAAUGCGUAUAUAUGUCGUAAGGUGAGUAGAAGAACAUUUCAUCUUCUGUAGUCUCGUUUACUCAGUGUGUAAACAAAGCAAUGACAUUUCACCGCAACCGGGGUCUGGCAAAUGUAAUGAAAUCGUGCUGGCUAACAUAGCCUAAUUUAUGCAGAAUGCGCAUCCAUUGCGGAUGUGGUGCAGAAUAAAUGCGCAGUGCGCAUUUACCUACAAGUUAGCCAGUCAGAUUGUGAUCUUAUUUUUUCUAUGAAGUGUAAUCUUUGUCGUUGAAAUAGUAAUUUCUGAUAUGGCUUUUCUGUCUAGUUCUACCUAUUAGCCUUUUAUGUGUGGAAGCCCCCCUUCACGUUAAUUUAACAAACUAGGCCGGGCUUUGCAAGUCUGUGCAAUGGCUUUGUGUUGGUUUCUGCCUAACGUUUUCGGUAAAUGUAUAUAUUUGUUUAUUUAUCAAGUAAUACGUCCCUCUUACUAGUCGUGUAUCUUUGUAUAGGCAAUGGACCUACUGUGUUAGGUAAGCUAGUUGACGCCUGUGACAUUUUUGCCAAGAGCUGGACUACUUUAUUUUUUCCCAGCUGCCCUUUUUCAUUAGCCUACGUAAUAGUCAUAGUUUUACCACCAGUGUACAUUCAACUUCAACCAAACAAUAUUUAGGCCAUUCAGGAAAUAUAUUUAUGAAACCUGAUUGUUCUGUUUAUUGAGUGCAAGACAACUUCUGUCUAGUUGAGUGAAUGGCGCUGCCUCUGACAACUUGGUUAGUGUGUCUGCGAACCAGGCCUGAUUAAUGACUGAAUACUAUGAGGAGGGGGGGCUGCUAUACGAGCACUCGCCUCCCAAGCACAUCAAAGAGGAGUCACCGGAGGGACCCUGCGGAGGAGGCAUCUCGGAGGAUGGCUUCCCCCGGGAGGAUGAUGACUCGGAGGGGAGCUGUGAUCAUAAUGGCAGCCUGCCGGAUGGGCUUCCUUUCAAUGUUGUGGUGGUGCACCCUAAUGUUGUGGCGCCAGGCCUGUCAUCCGACGACCUUUUUUACACUGAACAGAAUAGAGGAGUGUCUUCUACACUGGCAGCAGGAAGUGGAGGCAAGCGGAAGAGUCGUUUUAGCGGAGCUGAGCUAGAAGUCCUGGUGUCCGAGGUGACGCGCUGUGAAGGCGAACUCUUUGGCCCUGCAGGGAGGCUCCGGCGCCGUGAGAGGGAGCGCAUCUGGGCCGGAAUACUCGAAAGGGUCAACGCCGUCUCCAGAGUCCCGCGGACCUUACGCGAGGUGAAGAAGCGAUGGGAUGACCUCAAGAGACGAAAUGGUGGGAGGCUGGCAGACGCCAGGUAUCGCAGCUGCUACGUGCCAUCCAGCAGGGGAGCGUCGGUUCUGGGGAGGUCUGCUCAGGCAAGCCCCAGGCUUCAACAGGGCCAUCAGAAACAGAGUUCCCGAGGAAAGGGCAGUAACAUGAGUUUCUCUGACACAGACGCAGCAGGUGGUGGUGAAGGAUCUGAGAGGGAUGGUUGCGAGAAAGAGGAUGAAGCAGGUGAGCAUGACGAAGGGGAGGGAGAGUGUGGAGAUGGUGCUGAGAGUAGCAUGGAAGACAAGUUGGGUUUGGGACUGGGUUUGGGAAUAGUGCCUCCGCCAACAUCAGAACGUUGGCUACCUCCUUCCCCCCUCUACAGUGCUCCGUUCCUCAACGGGACUCCGCAGCCGAGCCCUCAACCCUCACUAGGGGCCCACCAGGGUCUCCUUGAGGCCCCCCCUCCACGCGUCUCUUGGCUGGAGGAUGAACUGCGGGGUCUGGGCGAAGCUGCAGUGCGGCUCGGGGACCGCGUGGAGCAGAGUCUGCGGGAGUUCGGGGAGGGUUUCCGCUGUGACAUGCGGACCCUGGUGGCCUCCCAGGAGGCUCUCUCGGUCAGCUUACAGCAAAACAAUGUCCUAUUGCAGAGGUUACUGGGGCUGCUCGAGAGCCAACAGCAGCAGCAGCAGGCACAGCAUCAUCUUCAGCCUCAGCCUCAUCCACAUCAGCAGUCUCAGCAGCAACAGGUGCCACAGCCGCAGCAGCCGCAGCAUAAUCCGCCCUUACAACCAAAUCAGGUUCUACAGCAGCAACAGGAACAGGAACGUCAACAUCCUACAAACUCGAAUGAUCAGCUAACCCCGUCACUUCCUUCUGAGCCAACACCCCCUGACAUUUUGGAUGGUACAGCCCAUCCUGAUCGAUUGGCAAGUGUGAAUGGCACGACCCAGCGGUCCCGACGGGGGAGGACAGGUGAUCAGCGCCGUAGAAGAAGACGCUAAUGCUUGAUAUCCAUGCUUUGAUGAAUGUUCGAUUAUUUAUUUUACUUUCAGGUAUUCAUUGAGACGUCACCUUCACUCAGAGAAAUGCCAUCUGUCUCCUUGCUGUCUUAUAAGUGACUAUAAGAUCACCUAUGCUAUACAAUGUAUCAAUGAUUUAUACAUUUUGGUUUGAAGUAAUUAUUACAAAAACUCAAUUUUUGCAAUUGCAUUAAUUAAGUGACUUGUCAGAGUUGAGUAAAAGUUAUUGUUGAAACCUGAUGGGUCGACAAUCAUUAUUAGAAUUACCUUAAGCACUUUUGAAUGCUAUUCACACAUAGUCAAGACUCUUGAAAGUGGGAAUUGUAAUGACGGGAAACAGGAAUUAUAUUGAGAUUCAGAGAUUUCCAAUUGGUCAUUCCACUUAUGUAGGAAAAGCCAGAGGUUCUGUGAAUCUCUCCUAUAAUUUGACAUAUAUAAGGGUUGUAACCAUUCCUCUAAAUGAGGUUUACAGCAGAGUAAUUUUAACAAGAUGAACAGGGCUUACAUUUGUUGCAUUUUAUUAGGACACAUGAAAUAUUUUUCUCAUGUUCAAAGAAAAAAAAUGUGUUCCUUAACAAGCAUGUCAGAAACUUAUUCCAGAAAGCACUUUUAUCCUAUUAUUGAUUCCACAUUAUUGUGGUUUUAAAAAAACAAAAAUACAGUAUACAGUAUGUCAGCUACUGAUAUGCAUUGUGAUUCUGCAUGCAGAUUCUGGUUUGUUAGCAAACUAGCGCAAAGCCUUUGCGAGGAGGAAAACUUUUACCAUUUUGCACAAUUUGUAUAUGAGGGGUAUAUAUUCUGGCAAUAUCUGUAUAUUAUAUUGUAUCCUGUUGUCCUACUAACCAGAAUGUAAAAUAAAGGCAAUGUUAAUGGAAAUGA